GCAGCGCGCGUGUGGGAAGCGGUGGCUCCAGUCCGCCCCGAACGCGGCGCUGCCAGGCUGGGAUGCUGCGAGCUGGAGCACCUGCCUGGGACUUCGCCCCGACCGGCGAAGUCCACACAGGGACAACCAUCAUGGCGGUAGAAUUUGACGGAGGUGUGGUGAUGGGUUCUGACUCCCGGGUGUCUGCAGGAGCAGCAGUGGUGAACCGAGUAUUUGACAAGCUGUCUCCUCUACACCAGCGCAUCUACUGUGCCCUCUCCGGCUCCGCAGCAGAUGCCCAGGCUGUGGCCGACAUGGCUGCCUACCAGCUGGAGCUGCAUGGAUUGGAACUGGAAGAACCUCCGCUUGUUUUGGCAGCAGCAAAUGUGGUUAGGAAUAUCACCUACAAAUAUCGGGAGGACUUGUCAGCACACCUCAUGGUAGCUGGCUGGGACCAUCGGGAAGGGGGCCAAGUGUACGGAACUCUGGGAGGAAUGCUCACUCGGCAGCCCUUUGCCAUUGGUGGCUCAGGUAGCACCUAUUUAUAUGGCUACGUGGACGCAGCUUAUAAACCAGGCAUGUCUCCUGAAGAGUGCAGGCGCUUCACCACAGAUGCUAUCGCUCUGGCCAUGGGCCGGGAUGGCUCCAGUGGGGGCGUCAUCUACCUGGCUACCAUCACAGCCGCUGGCGUGGACCACCGCGUAAUCCUGGGGAAUGAACUGCCCAAGUUCUAUGAUGAGUGAAUCUUCCUCCAACAUCCCUUCCUCAUUUGUAAUAAACUCUCUAGGACUAGAA